AUGAGUGGAGCUGGUGGUUUUUAUAAGUACCGAUGCAAGUACUUCUAUACACAUAACUGUCCCAACUGGGUAUGGGUGAACAAUGCACCUUGUGCAUCAUGUCUUGCCGAUGGUCGCGACAAUGAAGAGACUCCUCUGCCAUCAUUAGGGCUUUCCAGAGAAAUUGUUGUACCACAAAUCCUCGAUGGCAUCCUUCAAUAUACUCUGAUGGAACUCGUCGCUCCCUCAGAACCUGGCGAUGACUGGACACUUAGGGAUAAAGUGAACCGACCACCGCCAUCGAUACCCGUAACAAGUGCUAUGCCAGGUAUACCAGGCAUCAUGGCGCAUCAUCGGUUUUGA